AUGCAGAAUCAAAAUGCUGCCAUCAAGAAACCGGAGACACAAAUUGGUUAUCUAUUCAAGCAGCUUUCUAACCACAACUUCUGCAAUAAUAACAAUUCAAGCAAAGAGGAGGAGUGUCAAGCUAUAACACUUAGGAGUGGGAAGGAACUUAAGGAACUAUCCCAAAAACCACAAGAAAAAGGCUCAACUAAAAAGGGAGAAGAACAAGAUAGAGUUCAAACUCCCACUUCAAGUCCACAAAAAGAAAAAGGGAUGCCAAAACUGAACAUCUCAAGAGCUCCAUAUCCUCAGCAGUUGAAGAAAAAGGAAGAUGACAACCAGUUCGUGAGGUUCUUGGAAAUCUUUAAGAAACUACAAAUCAGCAUACCCUUUGCUGAAGCAAUAGAACAAAUGCCACUCUAUGCCAAGUUCCUGAAGGAGCUGAUGACUAAGAAGAGAAGCUGGAAGAACAAUGAGACUGUGAUACUAACUGAAGAAUGUAGUGCUAUCAUCCAGCACAAACUACCCCAGAAGUUGAAGGAUCCUGGGAGCUUUCAGAUCCCUUGUAUUAUAGGGGAAAUCGCAGUAGAGAAGGCCCUUUGUGACUUAGGAGCCAGCAUCAAUUUGAUGUCAGUAGCAAUGAUGAGGAAGAUGAAGAUCGAGGAGACUAAACCAACAAAAAUGGCCUUACAACUGGCAGAUCGAUCAUUCAAAUUCCCUCAUGGCAUAGUAGAGGAUUUGUUGGUGAAAGUAGGAGACUUCAUAUUCCCGGCAGAUUUUGUAGUGUUGGACAUGCAGGAGGAAGCCAAAACCUCUAUUAUUCUGGGAAGGCCGUUCUUGGCUAUUGCUGGAGCUAUCAUUGAUGUCCAAAAAGGUGAUCUUACCUUGAGAUUACACAAUGAAAAGAUGACAUUCAAUAUGUUCAAGGCCAUGAGUUACCCACCAGAAUAA